AUGAAUAUUCUAUGUGAUAAACCUGUGAAAGACUGUUCUAAGAAGAAACUGAGCGCGGGAACUCCGAUGUCUACAUCCAGACCUUUAAAUUAUGAAUUUCUUACUGAAGAAGAUUGUAGACAACGUAAAGAGAGCAAAAACUGCGAGUUAAUUGGUUUCGAUGAAAUACCUGUGAGGUUGCUUGAAGGAACAGAAAUUCCAUCGUCAGUCUCAAUGUCUGGUCCAUCAGUUGUACCAGAAAACUUCGGUAUUGUUUAUCCAAACAUAAUAUUCCGUUCCUCGUGUCCCAGUCGGACAAAUUUUGCUUUCCUUGAAUCUUUAUUUAUCCGUACCAUUGUCUCGCUGCGUCAAGAAGAAUAUACUGAUCAAGAACUUGAAUAUAUGGCUACUAAAAAUAUAAAAUAUUAUCAUUUUGGAAUGCCCGGAAGCAAAUAUAGAAAACAGGACUCGGUAUCGAAAGAAGAAGGAAAUGAUUUGAUAGAUAUUGAUAUCUUAGUCAAGAAAUCGCUUUAUGUGAUAUUAAAUAAAGAAUUUUGGCCAGUGCUACUUCAUUGUAGCGGAGGCAAGCAUCGCACUGGAAUCGUGGUAGGCUCUCUUCGUGCACUAAUGGGUUGGUCUGUGCAAGACAGAAUAGACGAAUAUGUUUCUUAUUCGUAUCCAAAAGAACGUGAAGUAGAUAAAGAGUACAUCCGAGACUUUACUGGCGAUCCUACCCUUGUAACAUUAGCUGAUGAACUAAAAAAGAAUUUGCAAGCUAAUGGGAAUUUAUAA